UGUUCUUGCCAUAGUAAUUAAAUAUCAUAAUAGUAUAGAAUCUUAUUGUGUUCACUUGGGUACAUGAUGUAUUUAAUUGUGACAUUUUAAUAAAAUUAAGGAAAUUAAGAGGUAGUGAUGAGUUUAAUUGAUUAUGUUCUUGGAUCGGUAAUUAAUUUAUGAUGAAUUGGAUCAAGUUUCUGUUAUUAUUUAAACUGAAAAGCCCUCAACAAAUCACUGCCCUGUUUUGACACACCUUUCCAUUCUGCAAAUUCGUGGUUCAUUUUCUUCCAAAAUCUGGGUUUGUAGCCAUGGCCGACGUUGAUUACACCGCAAAGCUCUUAAACCUCUACUGGAUUUCUCCACCGCCAGGUUCAGUUCCGACCACCCGUCUUCCCCUUAGUUUCCUCGACUUCCUCUGGACUAUUUGCAGCCCCAUGCGACGGCUCUUCUUCUUCCAAUUCCCUCACUCUACCAAUCACUUCAUCGACUCUGUUUUCCCCACUCUCAAACACUCCCUCUCUCUUUCUCUCCAACAAUUCUUCCCUCUCGCCGGAAAUCUCAUCCUCCCUCCUCCACCCCAUAAGCCCCACAUCCUUUACACACCUCACGACUCUGUACCUCUUACCGUAGCAGAGUCAACCGGCGGCGAUUUCAACACUCUAAUCGCUGACUCCCCUCGCAACGCCAAACACUUUUACCCCUUUGUUCCUGACUUGCCGAAGUCACGUCUCUUGCCGGACGGGUCACGUGCGAUUCCAAAUUUCGCUAUCCAAAUCACGAUUUUCCCAAAUCAAGGUCUGUGUAUUUGUAUAGCGUUUCAUCACGCGGUUGCCGAUGGGAUGGCCGUUCACCAUUUUCUUAAAUCGUGGGCAUCCAUCUAUAGAAAUGGAGGUGACUCUGUUUCAUUUGAAGGACCGCUACCCUGCCAUGAUAGGGCAGCAGUGAAGGACCCAAAUGGGUUAGAGUCAAUUUUUUUACACGAGUUGUCAAGUUGGGAUUCAUUAUGGAACCCAGUUCCUGAGAAGCCCAUAAUCGAUCAGGCGCCUGUUGACAAGGUCAGGACGACGCUUGUCCUGACCAGACCCAUAAUCGAGAAAUUGAAAACUUGGGUUUCAGCUCAAUCAAACAGUGACAAAGAGUUGAAGCCUUUACGAUUGUCGUCGUUCAUCGUUACAUGCUCUCUCGUUUGGGGCUGUCUGAUUAAGUCAACCCAAAACGAAGCGAGUGGUUCUGAAGACGAAGAUGAGCUCUGCUACUUUGUGUUGGUAGCAGAUUGCCGGAACCGCCUCAAGGAUCAAAUACCGCCGACUUAUUUCGGGAACUGCCUUGACGUGGGCGCUGUAGUAUUGAAGAAGAGUGAGCUUCUGAAGCGUAAUAGUAUCGUUGUUGUGGCGAAGGCGAUCGGGAACAGAGUGGAGGAAUUUGAGAGUGAGCCAUUUAAAAUGGCAGAGGAGUGGUUCUCAUUGUGGAGAGCAUGUGGGAAAGCUAAACACUUCCUGAGCGUUGCAGGGUCGCCUAAAUCAAGGAGUUAUGAUACUGAUUUUGGGUGGGGAAGGCCGAAGAAAAGUGAAGUGCUUCAUGUGGACAGUUCCAUCGCAAUUUCUCUGCAUGAAUCCAGAGAUGAGGAAGGUGGGAUUGAAAUUGGCAUGGGGCUGCAUAAGACUCAAAUGGAUCGGCUAAUGACCAUAUGGGAACAGAAUUUGAAAGGGUUGUGUGGUUAAAUCUUUCAUGUUUCUAAUUCAAACAGAGACGUUGGCAAUGGCAAAGUUGAAUUUGGUGUUGAAUAAAAACAAAGAUACAAUAAAAAUCGCUUUCAGAAGUGUUGUUAAUAGUUUUUUAAGCAUUAACAGAGUAGCAGAGGUAGUGGGCCUGGUUAUUCAACUAUUUUUGGAGUUGACAUAGAACAGAGUAACAACACAGGGACGCUGGGAUAAUUGAAAAUGCAGAGGCUUCCUAUUCCUCGCUAGCCAUUGCCCAAGC